AUGGCGUCCUCGUCCUUCAGCAUCCGCAUCCCCUGCUCCUCCGCCAACAUCGGCCCAGGCUUCGACGUCAUCGGCCUCGCCCUAACUCUCUACCUCGAAGUCCGCGUCACAAUCGACUCGAGCGCAAGCUCUCUCGAAAACAAACUCCCCCUAAACUGCGCAAUCACAUAUGAGAAUCAGAGCGGAAGCAAAGAGCAAAUCAGCCUUGACCCCGAGGUCAAUCUGAUCACCCGCGUGGCUCUCUAUGUGCUGAGAUGUCAUGACCAGCGCGCAUUCCCGGCCAAUACGCAUAUACACAUCAAGAACCCGAUCCCAUUGGGACGGGGACUGGGAACGUCUGGAACCGCGGUGGUAGCUGGUGUAGUCUUGGGUAAUGAAAUAGGAAAGUUGGGAUUGACCAAAGCACGUCUUCUCGAUUACUGCUUAAUGAUCGAACGACACCCCGAUAAUGUCGCUGCAUCCCUCUUCGGCGGCUUUGUAGGCACAUACCUCAGCGACCUCAAACCUGAAGACAUGGCGCGCAUUGAAAUCCCGCUCAGCGAGGUCCUCCCCGAACCCGCUGGCGGCAUCGACACGGGCAAACAACCCCCCAAACCACCCGUGGGCAUCGGCCACUGCACAAAAUUUCCCUGGGCAAAAGAAAUCAAAGCCAUAGCCAUAAUCCCGGACUUUGUCGUGCCCACCGCCAAUGCGCGUGACGUGUUGCCGAAACAAUAUUCGCGCGCUGAUGUAGUCUUUAACCUGCAGCGCGUUGCGCUUUUACCGAUUGCGUUGGGUGCUUCGCCCCCAGAUCCAGAUAUGAUUUAUCUAGCUAUGCAGGAUAGAGUGCAUCAGCCAUACAGACAAACUCUGAUCCCGGGGUUGAUGGAGAUUCUGCAGUCCAUGACUCCAGCCACACAGUCCGGCUUGUUGGGUAUUUGCCUUUCGGGCGCGGGUCCUACGAUUCUGGCGCUUGCCACUGAAAACUUCGAGGAGAUUGCGCAGAAGAUUACCAGAAGGUUUACAGAGAGGGGGAUUGAGUGUCAGUGGAAGUUGUUGGAGUUGGCGGAGGAGGGAACCCUUGUCGAGCAUCAUUAA